CAAUUCUCGGCAUAUUGAAUGCUAGCACGUACAAUUUAUUGGGUGCCUGCCAGCCCGCGUUGACAGCUGCACAGGGUCAACAUUUUGAUGCCUGAACUUCCCUGUUGUCAACUGACGCCUCUAUUUGUACCAAAUAACAAACGCCCCCACAAGCUGAAUUUGCUCCCUGACGAAAGUUCAUCACGCGACUUCGACAACUGGCAUGGAGUCCUCGAGUCUGCAGCACAAUGGCCCAACACCGCUGCUAUUCAAACAAGACAAUGGCGAUAAUCUGGAGUUGUGGGUACACCCCAGUAUCGAUGGCUACACCGAAUUGGUUCGAACUAUCAAGGAAAACGGGGGAACCGUCGUGGAUUCUCCAGAAACGGCAAACUUUGUGAUUGUUGGAAGUGAAAUGUCGAGUGAUCAACUCGAGUUCGUGGUAUCGGGACAGUUGGACACUGUAGUUCUCGCUCCUAGUUGGGUCGAUGACUGUGUGUCGCACAACAAGAUACAACUGUGUUUGAACCAUAUUCUUCUGUUGUCGCGAGAGGGCUUCGAAAACUACUGUGGAAUGCUUGUUAAUGACGCCAGCGAGUUUCAAGACGGCUCCGAGAUUGCAGUCAACGCGGAUGGUCGAUGCUUCCUUGCGGCUGCCAAACACCUGCUAUCUGAAGACUCUUCGCGUCCUUGGGAGGACGUGUACAGCUUGUGCGCUUUGGAGACAAGAAAGAGUCGUUCUGGAUAGACCUCAACGGUCCUGGCACCAGAGUGAGAGAGAAGGCGGAUAUUCUUCGCACUCUGGCUCGGGCUCGCGAUCGUUACGAUGAUUUACUGAGGGGUCUCCGCCGUCCAUCUGAGGAGAGUAUCUCAGCGAAACCCUCUGAAACUUCGCAGUUACAGAUGAAGGGACCACUCCCGAGGAAGAUCUCGGUUUGAUACGCCACCUUGCUACAGAUCCUCCAGGAAGCCAAGUUACGGUAUGGGAAAACUUCCACACGAAAGUCAGUGUCUCGCGAGACGUUCCUGUUUGAAGC